AUGUUGCUCGAACUGCUGCAGGUCAUCGCUGUUCUGCUUACAAUCAUCACAUUUUCACCUGCAUGUGGAGGAAAGAAGAAAGCGAAACCGAAGACGGCACCUUCUCUAAUGAGCAAGCCAGCGCCACCUGGCGCUCCGGGAGCGGCUCCUGCAGGAGCGCCAGCUGCUGGUGCUCCUGGUGGUGCAGCUGCUGGUGGCAAGGAGGAGAAGAAGGAAGGCGAGGCCAAGCCAGAUGACAAGAAAUCUGGCGAAGCGGAGAAGAAGGAGGAGAAGAAGGAGGAGAAGAAGGAGGAAAAGAAGGAAGAAGAGAAGAAGGAAGAGAAGAAAGAGGAAAAGAAAGAAGAGAAGAAAGAAGAGAAGAAAGAGGAGAAGAAAGAGGAAGAAAAGAAAGAUGAGAAGAAAGAAGAAGAAAAGAAAGAGGAGAAGAAAGAAGAAAAGAAAGAAGAAGAAAAGAAAGAGGAGAAGAAGGACGAAGAGAAAAAGGAAGGUUCGAAGGCAGGCGAAGCACCUGCCGAGAAGAAGGAAGGCUCCAAGGCUGAAGGUCCAAAAGAAGAAAAGAAAGAGGAGGAAAAGAAGGAUGAAGGAUCUGAUGCCAAAGACAAGAAGGAAGAAGAAAAGAAGGAGUAG